GUACAGUCCAUGUCGCUAUUUAUUACUCAUCAAAAUAUAUGAGAUCUCUGUUACGAAAUGUUCUGUCUCCAAAAACAUAUUUCUUCUCUUUUAGAAAAAUAUCUUUGGCUGGAUCCCUGGUACUUUAAUUAAAAUCCUGGUUGCUCUUUAAAAAAAUGUUAUUGCAUUUCAGACAGCUUGGAUAUAAAACAAAAUGGAACAAAUAAUCCUAAAAUUUGUAUGGAACCAGAAAAGACCCUGAAUAGCCAGAGGAUGUUGAAAAAGAAAAGCAAAGCUGGUGGCAUCACAAUUCUGGACUUCAAGCUCUAUUACAAAGCUGUAAUCAUUAAGACAGUAUGGUAUUGGCACAAAAUACAUGAAAGGAACAGAAUAGAGCCCAGAAACGGACCCUCAAAUCUAUGGUCAACUAAUCUUCGACAAUGCUCAAAAAAACUUAUGGAAUGGGUAUGGAGGCACAUGGCAUACUAGAUUUUAUUUAUUUGAGAGCGAGAAUGAGAGACAGCAUGAGAGGGAGGAGGGUCAGAGGGAGAAGCAGACUCCCUGCCGAGCAGGGAGCCCGAUGCGGGACUCGAUCCCGGGACUCCAGGAUCACGACCUGAGCCGGAGGCAGUCGCUUAACCAACUGAGCCACCCAGGCGCCCCAAACAAGCCUUUUAACAUUUUAUCUGGACCAAACAGUAGUGGUUUUACACAAGAAACGAGAACUCUUCACACCAAGCUCUGUGAUUCUGAGGAAAACCGUGUGCCAGCAUCCGAUUCACAGUCUCCUUUUACCUGCAGGUGUUCCAGAAACUUCAAAAUGCGUCUGGAAGAAAUGAAAAGAUUGCAGAAUCCUUUAGAACAAGUUAAUGAUGGAAAAUAUUUACUUGAAAAUCACCAGAUGGCCAUGGAUAUGGAGAAUAAUAUUGAAAAAUAUCACCUCAAUCUACAGCCCCUGGAAUCAAAGGUGAAAAUCAUUCAGAGAGCGUGGCGUGAGUACCUGCAGAGGCAGGACCCCCUGGAGAAGAGGAGCCCAUCCCCACCCUCUGUGUCCUCGGAGAAGCUGAGCAGUUCUGUCAGCAUGAACACCUUCUCAGACAGCAGCACACCCGGUAGCUCUUCAGCACCAUGGAGAGGUCUGGGCAAUGUGGGACGACGAUGUGGGACUGUGACCAGAGCAAGCAAUCUGAAAGUGUUGAAUUGUGUCCCCCCUGAAGAUGUUGAAGUUCUAACCCCCAGUACCUGUGAAUGUGAAGUUAUUUGGAAAUAAGGUCUUUGCAGAGGAUCCAGUUCAGAUGAGUUUAUUAGGGCAAGUCUAAUCCAAUAUGACUGAUGUCCUUAUAAAAAGGGGAGAUUUGGACUCAGAAGAAAACACAACAGGGAGAACUCCAUGUGAAGAUGAAGUCAGAGAUCAGGGUGCAUCUACAAGCCAAAGGAAUGCUAUGGGUUGCUAGCAAACCACCGGAAGCUGGGAGAGAGACAUGGAAUAUAUCCUCCCUCACAGCCUCAGAAAGAACCCACCCUCCUGACACUUUGACCUCAGAUUUCCAGUCUCCAGAAUGGGGAGACAAUAAAUUUGUAUUGUUUAAGCAACUCACUCUGCAGUAUUUUGUUGUGGACACCUUAGGAAACUAAAACACCUAUCUUCUCAUUAUCUCAAAUUCUACUUAAAUUUUUAAAAAGUUAUACAAGUAAUAUAUUCUCCUUAUAAAAACCUCACAUUUAUUGAAAGCUUUCUUUAUGUACCAGACACUAAGUGCUUUAAAUGUUAUUAUAUCAUUUAGCCCUUAUAUCAGCCCUAUUAUCAUCUUCAUGUUACAGAUAAAAACACUGAGGUACAGAGUAAUUUGCCUGUGGUCACAUGGCUGUUAUAUGAGCUGGGAUUCAAAACCACAUGGGGUGGCUCUGGAGGUUGAGUGCUCAAACACCAUGGUAUAGCCCCUUUGAUUACCACGUGGUGCCUUUCCCAAACCCCUGAAAGUAACUGCCAUUAGCUUUUGUCUGUAACGUGCUCCAUUUACUGUAUGUAUGUGUACAUGCACAUGUGUAUAUGUGUGUCUCUAUUAAAAAGUAUGCAGCCUUA